AAACGGUGGAGAAGGGGGUCGGGCUUUGGAGCGCUUUCAUUGAAUGACAUCACGUUGGACAAAGCGACCGAAAGAUCUAGGAGUGGUUUCAUUUCUCGACAGGAUUCUCUUUUGAAUUAGUAGCUAAUGACAAAAGCAAUUCACUUUAAGUUCUGAAACAAUUACCGUUUUCAUCUUUUUACGGAGUAAGACGUAGCCUUGGCUGAAAAGGAGUAAGCAAAGUAGGCUAAUGUUGAUCAAAUCAUUACUGCUGGAUGGUCGCUAGUUUCAGUCUAAAUUGCGUUCUACUGGUAUGAGCCGUGAUUGAAGAGGCCGCCCCUGCUGCUCCGCACCAUCUACCCCGCGCCCCACGCCUGCUCCACUCCUUGUCUUGCCCAUGUCUCACCCACGUCUCACCAAAGCCUCACCCAAGCCUCCUGGGAUCACCAUGCUGCAGACAUUGCUAUUGAUAUCACUGCUGGCUGUGAGAUCGCUCGCUCUGGAUGUGCAGGUCCCGGAGUCACCAUUGGUGGUGCUGUUCGGCAUGGACGCCGUCCUCAACUGCACGUUCUCGGGGGGGGUGCCGGUCUUCAACCUGUCCGAGCUGAGCAUCUUCUGGCAGGUGGCAGACACCCAGCGCAGUGUGCAUAGCUACUGGAACCAGCAGGACCAGCUCUUGUACCAAGAGGAGAGGUUUGUCAACCGGACCAGCCUCUUCCCUGCGCAUCUGGCAACCGGCAACGCCUCGUUGCUGCUCAGGAGGGUCCAGGUGGCCGACGAGGGCAUCUACACCUGCUUCGUCAGGGUGCAGAACUACAGCAAAGCCGCCCUCGUCAUGCAGGUGGCAGCCCCUUACUCUAAACCUUUGGUGACCUGGGAGGCAGCUGCUAACCCCAGGCCGGGGGAUCUGGUGGCCCUGACUUGCGUGGCGUAUGGAGGAUACCCCGAGGCUCAGGUGUUGUGGCAGGAUGCCAGCGGCCACAACCUCACGGAGAACGUCACCAUCUCGCCAAUAGCCAAUGAGCAAGGCCUCUUCACCAUCAAGAGUGUCCUCACAGUGGUCCUAGAGCCUAACAGCACCUACAGCUGCAGACUGACCAAUCCGCUGCUAGGAGAUGAGGGCCAUGCAUAUGUCACCAUCUCGGCCCAGGGCAUGGUUUUUCCUCCCCUGGCUCUCUGGGUGACGGUGGGGCUGGCCGUAUGUUUGCUAGGCCUCCUUGUCGCCCUGGCUGCUGUGUGCCACAGGAAGAUCAAAGAGAGCUGUGAGGAGAUGCGAGCAGAAGAAGAAGCCAAGGAACUCGAGGAAGCCAAAGAACUUGAAGAAGCCAAAGCCACAACUCCUCUGAAAAGCUAAAGGCAAAGACCACAGGGUGAAUCUACGCAUGAAGCAACGAAUCAUACGUUAACCCUCAGUACACCAUGCCGGCAAAAAAGAGGCGCAUCUCAUUUCAACACACACACAUGCAUAUAUACACCUAGCUUUUAUAGGGCCUUAUUGAUGUUCUUAAUACCUACGCCUUUACUGUAUGCUGAAAAUGGCAGUUUAAUACAUUCCUUUGAAUCGCAUGCUUGUCAUCAUAAAUGGACUCACUUUACAAUCCUGGAACUCAGGGUUCAAGUGAGCUCAUAAGGUAACUGGCACUGGCUGAUUUCUCAUUGCCUUGCUGUUGAGACUCAUAAAGCCAGUUCUGCCCUUUUCCCCAUGAGAAGAAUUUGAAUAAAAUGACAUGCCAUAAACACACAGGUAUCAGAAUUCCUUUUCAGUGUCAUCAAAGUGGCACUCGCCAUUUCUGCUUCCGUUCAGUUCUGUCGUCAGUCGAGUUUCCUGUUUUGUAUUCCGGGCACCUCUCCGCCUUUUCCAAACAAGCACGAUCAGAAAUCACCUUGGCCGCUUCCAGGCGCCCGGCCCCCGCAACUUGGCGCCGAUCGCUUCCUCUCUCUGUCACCGCAAGGUGCGUGCCUGAAAGGCACCAAGCAGGCCCAUAAUUGUAUGCAGAGGGCGCUAAGCUGAAAACGGGUUUGAAGGCCAUUGGCUUUGACAAGCUUCCGGCUCCACCACUGACACCAGCUCCCUCCACUCUGCAUGCAGGCCGCCGCCACUCAUUACAGCUCGAGCCUAAUAGAAAGUGAAGAGCUUAAGGCAAGGCCCGGCAGAGAGGGAGCCGUCAGUGUCUCGAGCGAGGGAAGGCUCUCUCUUUCUCGUCCUCCCAUCUCCACCAGCUCUCCAGCCUGGACUAAUUAAGGCCUGCCCAUGGACUAACUUGUUCCUGUCAGCGUCUGCCGGCUCCGAGGAAUCCAAUAACUUUGGGGAGAAACUUCAAUUGAUUGCCAGCUAAGCUCGAACAGGCUGCAAAUGGUGCAUGGGGCACACCCAGGCUUCUCUUCACCCUGACAGCAUUAUGGUGGAAAAUGGUUUUAAUGAACACAGAAAACUGUUGCUGUGCCAAACAUUUGACAUGUUGUCCUCAUGUUUUUUCAGUCCGUUAUUAAAAACAUGCAUUAAAGUCAAA